AUGGAUGAUCACCCAACCCACAGCGAAAAUGAGUGUCUAGGGGAGCGUGACGUGUCGUUGGGUGGCGUGAGGGAGUACCAGAUGCGGAUGGCUGCCGCGCUCGAGAAAUGCUACGCUGAUCUCCGCGCUGAGUUUGUUCGUCAUCAAACGACCACCGAGUACAUCAGCCCUGCGUCCAGGGUGGUGUACGAUUUUGUGCGGAAGGAGCUGAAGAUCCCGCUCAACCGGGGUGUGGAAGACCAUCUUCCACUGCUGCUCCAGGAGUCUGGGGCGCCCAGGGUUAAUGGAACCGCGGGUGGCGGGCUCAAGGGGCAUGUUUGA